AUGGCUUUCCUGCGGAUUUGUGCAGUGUGGAGAACCUGUGUGCGCCCGUCGCUCGUUUUCCAUCUCUUCUGCUUUUUCACUCUGAGCAAAAACGUGCUUUUGACAAAUGGUGCUGACAAGGUUGAAUCUCCUCAAGAAGCGUCUGCCCUGCUCCUCUCUCUGAAUUUACCUCAACAUACAGAAUAUGAAAUUGUAUCUCCCUAUGAGGUCAACCACCAAGGCGUUUACAUCUCUCAUGAAGUUGCCCACUACCAGCGCAGGAGGAGGCGGAGGUCCCUGAGCCCAGAUGCAGGCUCACCAAACACCGAUGGCAGCAGCGAAACGGUCCAUUUCUUGAUGAGUGGCUUGGGGCAGGACUUCCACAUGGAGCUGAGGGAGGCCUCUGAGAGCCUGAUUGCACCUGGCUUCACCAUCCAGGUCCUGGGAAAGAACGGCACCAAGAGCCUGAGGGCCUACCACCAGGACGACCUCUGCUUUUACCAGGGGUCGCUGAGGUCAAGGGUCAAUUCCUCUGUAGCACUGUCCACAUGCACGGGAAUGUCAGGUUUGAUCAGAACAAAGGAUGCAGACUACUUCCUGAGACCCGUUUCCCGCAGCCUCGUCCAGAGAGAGAACUUUACUGCACCCUCCAGUCACCAGCCACACAUCCUCUACAAGAGUGAUCGAACAGAGCACAGAGGUCAUGACCCUCGGGUGCUACAGAAGAGAUCCCCAGACUCAACUUAUCACAAAUCACACUUUGUCACCAAGAGAUCCACAAACUCACAGACAGACCCCACCUACAACCCGGUCCAUGAUGAUCAGCAAAGUGACAUCAGUGACGGAGACCAAAUGGAGCAUCAUCAUCACAGUGACUACAGACAUGGGGAGAAGAACAGGCAACACUUCUGCGGGAGACGGAAGAAAUACAUGCCCAAGCCUCCAGAAGAGGAUGUCUUCACCCUUCCAGAUGAGUACAACUUCACCCCGAGGAGCAAAAGAGCAGUGCUAAUGAAGAACAAGGGUAAUGAGAAGCUCAAUGUGGAGACGCUGGUGGUGGUGGACAAGAAGAUGAUGGACAACCACGGCCACGAGAACAUUACCACAUAUGUUCUCACUGUGCUCAAUAUGGUUUCCAGUCUCUUCAAAGAUGGUACGAUUGGGGGGAACAUCAACAUAGUGAUCGUUGGCCUUGUGCUUUUGGACGAAGACCAGGAUGGCUUGGUGAUCAACCACCAUGCAGACCACACACUGAACAGCUUCUGCCACUGGCAGUCCACCCUGGGAGGCAGGGAGGGCCGACACCACGACCACGCCAUCCUCCUCACGGGACUCGACAUCUGCUCUUGGAAGAAUGAACCCUGUGACACUCUUGGUAGGUUUGCUCCAAUAAGUGGGAUGUGCAGCAAGUACCGGAGCUGUACCAUUAAUGAGGACACAGGCCUGGGCCUAGCAUUCACCAUUGCACACGAAUCUGGACACAAUUUUGGAAUGGUCCAUGAUGGUGAAGGGAACGUUUGUAAGAAGUCCGAAGGCAACAUAAUGUCUCCAACAUUAGCUGGGCACAAUGGUAUCUUCUCAUGGUCUGCGUGCAGCCGCCAGUACCUCAGCCGCUUCCUCAAUUCCGCCCAGGCCUUGUGCUUAUCAGAUGAACCCAGAGCAAUCAAGGAGUAUCGAUACCCUGAGAAGUUGCCUGGCGAGCUCUACGAUGCUGAUACACAGUGUAAAUGGCAAUUUGGGGAGAAGGCCAAACUUUGCACCCUCGACUUUAAGAAGGAUAUCUGCAAGGCUCUGUGGUGCCACCGUGUUGGGAGGAAGUGUGAGACGAAAUUCAUGCCAGCAGCUGAAGGCUCUGCCUGCGGCCCCGAUAUGUGGUGUCGUAGGGGCCAGUGUGUUAAACAGGGUGACGAGGGCCCGAGGCCUCAGCAUGGCCAGUGGUCAGAGUGGUCGUCCUGGUCUGCCUGCUCACGAAGCUGUGAGAGCGGAGUCACCUAUCGAGAGAGGCAGUGCAACAACCCCAGACCUUCAUAUGGAGGGAAGUUCUGUGAGGGCUCCUCCAAGUCAUACAAACUCUGCAACACUGAGGAUUGUCCCCACAACACCACCGACUACAGAGCACAGCAGUGCGCAGAAUUCAAUGGCAAACAGUUCAGAGGAUGGUACUACAGCUGGAGGCCGUACACCAGAGUGGAUGAUCAAGAUGUCUGUAAGCUGUACUGCUUUGCUGAAGGCUAUGAUUUCUUCUUCGCCCUGGCCAGCAAAGUCAAGGAUGGGACACUCUGCUCACAGGACAGCUCUAAUGUCUGUAUUGACGGACUGUGUGAGAGAGUGGGCUGUGACCGUGUUUUGGGCUCCACAGCUGUGCCUGAUGCUUGUGGUGUGUGUCAAGGAGACAACUCCACCUGCAAGAUCUUCAAAGGACAGUACACAAAGCAGCAUUAUACCAACCAGUAUUAUGGGGUGGUAACCAUACCAGCAGGAGCUCGGAGUAUCCGUGUGAUGGAGCAGAAUACAUCCAGCUCCUAUCUGGCUGUGAGGGACACUCAGAGACGCUACUACCUGAACGGGCACUGGACGGUAGACUGGCCAGGCAGACAUCCCAUUGCUGGAGCCAUUUUUGAAUACAAGAGACCCUACAACAGACCCGAGAGCCUCAUAUCAACCGGACCCACUAAUGAUACACUAGUCAUAGAGAUCUUGUUGCAGGGCUGGAAUCCUGGUGUACGUUGGGAAUACACUCUGAAGAAAGCUGAUGAGAAAAGGCACCACAUCAAACACAAUUAUACAUGGGCCAUCAUACGCUCCCAAUGCUCAGCAACUUGUGCCGGAGGCCAGAUGAACACCAAGUCAGCAUGCUACAAAGACUUACGAGUGCAAGUGAAUACAUCCUACUGCAAUCAAAGAUCAAGACCAGCUACUGGACUGAUACCCUGCAACACCCAACCAUGUCCUGCCAGCUGGUCUGUAGGAGAGUGGGGGGUGUGCAGCCAGGGCUGUGGAGGAGGGGAGCAGACGCGGCAGGUCCAGUGUGUCCAGAGGAGCAGCCAGACUAAUGUAGACGCCCUGACCGACUCUCACUGCACCCAGCCCGCCCCACCCAGGGGACAAGCCUGCAACACACACAGCUGCUCGCCAGUUUGGACCGCUGGGCCAUGGUCACAGUGUUCUCGUAAGUGUGGCAGCGGUUUAAGGAAGAGGACGGUGCUGUGUACGAGCACCAACCCAAGUGCCCGUACGCGCACACUGGCAGACGGUUUGUGCUCAGGUCUGCCGAAACCAGCCAAUCAAGAAUCCUGUUUCAUCAAACGCUGCCAGAAACAACGUAAAGUGCAGUGGUUUGUCUCCACGUGGCAAGAGUGUUCAGUAACCUGUGGUCGUGGUAAUCAGGCUCGCUUCAUCAAGUGUGCAGAGAAGGACACUGCAGGAAAAUACAGAGAGCUGGCUGCCAAGAAAUGCCACCAUGUCUCCAAGCCCACGGUAGAACUACAGAGGCCAUGCACUACAGCUGAAUGCCCCAUCCGCACCACCCCACCAGUUCAACGAUGGAGCACGCAUCAUCGCACCUAUCCACCUAAACCCCUCCCUCAACCUCCGCCUCCAGCAGAAUGGCAAACGGCUCCUUGGUCACAGUGCACAGUGACAUGUGGAGGAGGAGUGCAGGCCAGGACAGUCCAAUGUCUGGUGCAAGGGAAGCCCUCCCCUGGUUGUGCCCUCCAUCUUAAACCCUCAAUGUCCCAGGCCUGCAACACCAACUUCUGCCCACAACCUGAGAAAAAAGACGUUGCAUGUCGGGAUUACUUUAACUGGUGCUACCUGGUGCCCCAGCAUGGAGUCUGCAACCACAAGUUCUAUGGCAAGCAGUGCUGUCAAUCCUGUUCAAAUUCAAACCUAUAAUCACAUGGAGUGACUCUGUGACGAGACAAAUAGGUAGUUAAAUAGACAAAAGACUAUAUUUGAAGUCCAUGCUUGAAAAGACAGUGUUUUUGCUUUAAGCGUGUGGCGAGCACUGACAAACAUAGACACUUCAAUGGAAGUGCAAGAGAGUUGCAGUGCCCUCUUUCCUCUCUGCGAUGCCGGACAUCUGGAUACAAGAACUUGAUUCACUACACAGGAAUGUGAUCAGGACAGUACAAAUAAAGGAGAGAAUUAUAAGGAGGAACUAGCAGAAUGGGAAUCAUGAUUAAAGUGAAUAAGACUGACACAUCCAAAGAAAACUGAAGACCUGAAAAACCCCAGCUUUGUUUAUGUACUGUGUGUAAAUAAAGAGAUGUGUAUCCAGGACACCCAACAUCUCCCUGUCAACCAAAGGCCAGCGAUGGCAGGCCAACAGAGAGAAACUGUCGAAGAGGUUUCAGGCACUGCCAAGCAUCAUGUGAUACGCCCUGCUCUGCUCUGCAAUUCUUGAUUAAAUAAAUAUCUGAUAUCUAAUAAUGAAAAGGGAUCAUUAAAAAAAUGCAGAUACGAAAGCAAAUAUUUUACCCUACGGCCUGAUAGAAAACAGACUGAAGAUAAUCAAAGUGUGCUUCCUCAAUAGCUGGACAAUAACAGGAAGCUUUGUGUUGUCAUUUAAAAGAAAAAAGAAAGGAACAUAAAAAAAGCUUUACUGAGAUCGGUCAAGCCUGUGCAAUGACUUUCAUACUCAAUGGUGCUUUAUCGAUGUCUUCUGUCACACAAUCAAUGUUAAAUCCUGAAGUUUCAGGAAGAAGCAAAUUAAUUGUGUGACCUGUGUAAAGUAUUGUUUGUUUUAUUUAUUGGCUUUAAAAUACAGCGUUGCUGGAAGACUGUAUUUAUAAGCAAUAUAAAUGUGUCAUUGUAUUACUUACCCUAAGGAAAUGAUCCUAAGCCCAUUACCUUUAUAUUUUGUAUUAAUUUCAUAGGAUUUCAUGCUGACAAACUGCACCUUUUUUCAUCAAAACAUUUAUUUCAUUGUUGAAGAAAAUAAAAAUAAACUGAUUUGAAUAGCCCAUUUCAAGGUGUUGAGUGUAAAUCAAAAAUAAUGGCAAAAGGAAGAUCAUUACAUUGUCCAACAUUAUUCACAAGUCAUGUAUUGCAUGCAUUGAUAUGUCCCAGAAAUAAUGCAUUACAUAUUCUUUGUGGUUAAAAUCAGUGAUAAAAUAAAC